UCCGUCCGUCCCGCCUCGUCCGCAACUCCGGUCCCCGCGGAGCCCGCGGCGAGCCAGGAGCCAGGAGUCCGGACCUCCCUCUGCGUGCGGCGCGGCCGGUCCCCGCGGGGCCCCAGCUGGGCGCCAACUUCACCUAGGACCCGGGACUCUCCGCUCGGAUCCUCAGCUACUUCUCAUCGUCUCCGGGCUGCUGCGCCCGCCUCCCGGCUCGCCUCCUUCUCCAGAGCUCAGGACGGGGGUGCCAAGAUGCCCCGCUGCUGCGCAGGGCCCCGGGCCGCCCCCGACGAGUGACCCGAGCCUGGUCCCCUUGCUCGGCCGCCGUCCGCCCUCCCCGUGGAGACCCCCGGCCCGGCCCCCGGGGGAGGAGGAGGAGGAGGAGGCAGCAGACGAGGCCGAGGGGGGGAUGUCCGGCUCCAAAAGCUCGAGCCCUCCGGGCUACGCGGCGUUGACAGCGGCGGCGGCACCCGCGUCCCGGGGCAGCUCGGAACACCGCUCCGCGUGGGGAGCGGCCGAGGCCCGCGCCAAUGGCUACCCCCGCGCCCCCGGGGGUUCGGCCCGCGGCUCCACCAGGAAACCUGGGGGGGCUGUGACCCCGCAGCAGCAGCAGCGCCUGGCGAGCCGCUGGCGCCGCGACGAUGACGACGAGGACCCUCCGCUGAGCGGCGACGACCCCCUGGCCGGGGGCUUCGGCUUCAGUUUCCGCUCCAAGUCCGCCUGGCAGGAGCGCGGCGGCGAGGAGGACUGCGCGCGCGGCAGCCGGCGGCAGCGGCGGGGCGCGGCCGGCGGGGGCAGCACCCGGGCGCCCCCUGCGGGCGGCGGCGGCGGCCCGGCGGCGUCCGCGGCGGCGGCGGGGGGCACGGAGGUGCGCCCCCGCUCGGUGGAGCUGGGCCUGGACGAGCGGCGGGGAAAGGGCCGUGCGGCCGCCGCGGACGAGCUGGAGGCCGGCGGCAGCGCCAUCGAGGAGGACGACGACGAAGGGCGCGGGGAUGACGGUGGCGGCUUGGCGGGCGCGGGCGCGGGCCCCGGCGGCGCGGUGCUGUCGCUGGGCGCCUGCUGCCUGGCGCUGCUGCAGGUAUUCCGCUCCAAGAAGUUCCCGUCGGACAAGCUGGAGCGGCUGUACCAGCGCUACUUCUUCCGCCUGAACCAGAGCAGCCUCACCAUGCUCAUGGCCGUGCUGGUGCUGGUGUGCCUCGUCAUGCUGGCCUUCCACGCGGCGCGGCCGCCGCUGCAGCUGCCCUACCUGUCCGUGCUGGCGGCCGCCGUGGGCGCCGUCCUCGUCAUGGCCGUGCUCUGCAACCGCGCCGCCUUCCACCAGGACCACAUGGGCCUGGCCUGCUACGCGCUCAUCGCCGUGGUGCUGGUGGUGCAGGUGGUGGGCCUGCUGCUGCCCCAGCCACGCAGCGCCUCUGAGGGCAUCUGGUGGACCGUGUUCUUCAUCUACACCAUCUACACGCUGCUGCCCGUGCGCAUGCGGGCCGCCGUCCUCAGCGGAGUGCUCCUGUCCGCCCUGCACUUGGCCAUCGCCCUGCAUACCAACGCCCAGGACCAGUUCCUGCUCAAGCAGCUCGUCUCCAACGUCCUCAUUUUCUCCUGCACCAACAUCGUGGGCGUCUGCACCCACUACCCGGCCGAGGUCUCCCAGCGACAGGCCUUCCAGGAGACCCGGGAGUGCAUCCAGGCGCGGCUCCACUCCCAGCGGGAGAACCAGCAGCAGGAGCGGCUCCUGCUAUCCGUCCUUCCCCGUCAUGUUGCCAUGGAGAUGAAAGCAGACAUCAACGCCAAGCAGGAGGAUAUGAUGUUCCAUAAGAUUUACAUCCAGAAGCAUGACAACGUGAGCAUCCUGUUCGCCGACAUCGAGGGUUUCACCAGCCUGGCGUCCCAGUGCACCGCCCAGGAGCUGGUCAUGACCCUCAACGAGCUCUUCGCCCGCUUCGACAAGCUGGCUGCGGAGAACCACUGUUUACGUAUCAAGAUCCUGGGGGACUGUUACUACUGCGUCUCGGGGCUGCCCGAAGCGAGGGCGGACCACGCCCACUGCUGCGUGGAGAUGGGCAUGGACAUGAUCGAGGCCAUCUCGUUGGUCCGGGAGGUGACGGGGGUGAACGUGAACAUGCGCGUGGGAAUUCACAGCGGGCGAGUACACUGCGGUGUCCUUGGUCUCAGGAAGUGGCAGUUCGACGUCUGGUCUAACGACGUCACGCUGGCCAACCACAUGGAGGCUGGAGGCAAGGCUGGACGCAUCCACAUCACCAAGGCCACGCUCAGCUACCUGAACGGGGACUACGAGGUGGAGCCGGGCUGUGGGGGCGAGCGCAACGCCUACCUCAAGGAGCACAGCAUCGAGACCUUCCUCAUCCUGCGCUGCACCCAGAAGCGGAAAGAAGAGAAGGCCAUGAUCGCCAAGAUGAAUCGCCAGAGAACCAACUCCAUCGGGCACAACCCACCACACUGGGGAGCCGAGCGCCCCUUCUACAACCACCUGGGCAGCAACCAGGUGUCCAAGGAGAUGAAGCGGAUGGGCUUCGAAGACCCCAAGGACAAGAACGCCCAGGAAAGUGCAAACCCCGAGGAUGAAGUGGACGAGUUUCUGGGCCGUGCCAUCGACGCCAGGAGCAUUGACAGGCUGCGGUCUGAGCAUGUUCGCAAGUUCCUCCUGACCUUCAGGGAGCCUGACUUAGAGAAGAAGUACUCCAAGCAGGUGGACGACCGGUUCGGUGCCUACGUGGUGUGUGCCUCGCUCGUCUUCCUCUUCAUCUGCUUCGUCCAGAUCACCAUCGUGCCCCACUCCGUGUUCAUGCUGAGCUUCUACCUGACCUGCUUCGUGCUGCUGACCUUGGUGGUGUUUGUGUCCGUGAUCUACUCCUGCGUGAAGCUCUUCCCAGGCCCCCUGCAGACCCUCUCCAGGAAGAUCGUGCGGUCCAAGAUGAACAGCACCCUGGUCGGGGUGUUCACCAUCACCCUGGUGUUCCUGUCGGCUUUUGUCAACAUGUUCAUGUGCAACUCCCAGGACCUGUUCGGCUGCCUGGCAGAGGAGCACAACGUCAGCACCGGCCAGGUCAACGCAUGCCACGUGGUGGAGUCCGCCGUCAACUACAGCCUGGGGGACGAGCAGGGCUUCUGCGGCAGCCCCUGGCCCAACUGCAACUUCCCCGAGUACUUCACCUACAGCGUGCUGCUUAGCCUGCUGGCCUGCUCCGUGUUCCUGCAAAUCAGCUGUAUUGGGAAGCUGGUGCUUAUGCUGGCCAUCGAGCUCAUAUACGUGCUCAUCGUGGAGGUGCCUGGUGUGACGCUCUUUGACAAUGCCGACCUUUUGGUCACUGCCAAUGCCAUAGACUUCAACAACAACGGGACCUCCCAGUGCCCUGAGCACGCGACCAAGGUGGCGCUGAAGGUGGUGACACCCAUCAUCAUCUCAGUCUUCGUGCUGGCCCUGUACCUGCACGCCCAGCAGGUGGAGUCCACCGCCCGCCUCGACUUCCUCUGGAAACUGCAGGCCACGGAGGAGAAGGAGGAGAUGGAGGAGCUGCAGGCCUACAACCGGCGGCUGCUGCACAACAUCCUGCCCAAGGACGUGGCCGCCCACUUCCUGGCCCGGGAGCGGCGCAACGACGAGCUCUACUACCAGUCGUGCGAGUGCGUGGCCGUCAUGUUCGCCUCCAUCGCCAACUUCUCCGAGUUCUACGUGGAGCUGGAGGCCAACAACGAGGGCGUCGAGUGCCUGCGGCUGCUCAACGAGAUCAUCGCCGACUUCGAUGAGAUCAUCAGCGAGGACCGGUUUAAGCAGCUGGAAAAGAUCAAGACCAUCGGCAGCACCUACAUGGCCGCCUCCGGCCUGAACGACUCCACCUACGACAAGGCGGGCAAGACGCACAUCAAAGCUCUGGCCGACUUCGCCAUGAAGCUGAUGGACCAGAUGAAGUACAUCAACGAGCACUCCUUCAACAACUUCCAGAUGAAGAUUGGGCUCAACAUCGGCCCCGUGGUGGCUGGGGUGAUCGGGGCCCGCAAGCCUCAGUACGACAUCUGGGGCAAUACCGUGAACGUGGCCAGCCGCAUGGACAGCACCGGCGUGCCAGACCGCAUCCAGGUCACCACGGACAUGUACCAGGUGCUGGCGGCCAACACGUACCAGCUGGAGUGCCGGGGCGUGGUCAAGGUCAAGGGCAAAGGCGAGAUGACGACCUACUUCCUCAACGGAGGGCCCCCGCUCAGUUAGCAGCUGCCAGCCAGCGAUGCCAGGCAGCUGGCCUCCGGAGAAACGGGAUGACGGCUUCCUUGUGUGCCAGGCGGGCCGGUGGGAGCCCGCGCCCCCGCCCGGGUGGCCGCGCCCGUGAGAUUUCCCACGUUGAUUCCGAAAGGCAGCUUCUGCCUUCGUGGGCGGGCGGCGGCCUCUGGCCCAGGCCGGGUGCCUGCGUCCUGCGAGCACCACGCUGACCAAAGAUGACUCCCUCUGCAGAAGGCACUGCGGGGCGCGACCUGGAUCUUGAGUUUUCGGAUGGGUGCUGCUGCUGCUGCUGCUGUGAUGGUGGAGCAGCUCCUGGCGCGUGGAUCAGCGCAUGGCCGCCCAGCGCCGAGGGCAGGGCUGAGGGAGAGGCCUGGGUGGGAAGGCGAGCGGCUCUGGCUGGAGGGAGCUGAGGGGUCCUGACGGGUCUGCUUUUCUAUACGAGCCUUUAAACUUCAGACAGACCGGGCCCCUGCCCCACGGAGGCGGCCGCCGGGCAGGAGUGCUGCUGGCUUUGGAAGGACUGUGGCCUUCUCCGCGGUCCCCACUCCGCCCACAGACACGCACAGACAGUGCCCCGCUGAGGGGAGGAGGACUAACGGCGAGGGGGAGGCCAGAGCACUCGCAGCCAGGAGCGGCGGCUCUGAGAAAAGGAAAGUAUUUAUUAAAUAAAACAAAACCUGUUUCUGCGCCCUUCUUUAGCCUCUGCUAGUUGUCCGACGUGUGAGAGACCCGCAGGCCACCGGGGAUGCUGCUGGGGAGGGAGGCCGGGGUCCCGACGUGUCUUUUUGUAUUUUUUAUUUUGUAUUCUCGAAAACCUUGGAGAUCUAA